AGGGUUUUAUAGCAUCACACCACUAUGAGUUGUCUGCUUCUCAGCCGUCUCUCAAGGCUCUGUCUGAGGAAACCACCUGCACUAGGAGUUAGGGGAAGAUACUUCUGUGGCUCUCGGUUCUUGUCCCAAACCCCUAUCUAUCGCAUUGUACGCGCUGAUGAUUGUCGAUAUAGUUCGGAGGAUGUGAGUGUCGGCAGACUCGUGGUUCGCAAUGUAAAUGCUUCGGAGGAAAAGGACGAGGUUUUGGAAAAGAUGGUCCCCGCGGAUUUGAUGAAUGGAACGAUAGGAGGAUCCCAUGGUUGGGUAGCUACUAUGGACGAAUACUUUGUGCGUCUUUACGAUGAUCUAAACCCGGGAGCGUCGGAUUCAGAUCCGAAGAGAAUCGUACUGGGUCGUCCUAAAACGCUGCCUCAUUGCCAAACCGAACUGGUAACCAACGUGGCCAUGUCCUCUUCUCCUGAGGACGAAGACUGCAUUCUGGCCGUCAAAUUCUUGGGACCUCAACUCAGCUUUUGCCGGCCUGCUCAGCAAAUUCGGGGAUAUGUAGAGUGGGUCAACAUCAGAAUCGAUGACCCAUGCUUCUUUUCGUCCCGAGUCUCUUAUUCAGAGAGAUAUAAGAUGUUCUCCAUGCUGGCUUCUGGGGGCACGUACAUAGGAUACUGGGAUCCUGAAAAAAAAGACAGAUCGCAAAACUUGAGUGUUUGUAGAUCCGACUUGUAUACACAGUUUAACCAGUUUGAAAUGCAGCACACGUCUAAUGAUUGCAGGAGCGAACUCUUGGUGGAGGGACCCACAGGUGAAACUUUUAUUGUUAACUGGUGGGCAGUGUUCUUUAGGCGUUUCAUGGUGUACAAGAUAGACGAAUAUAUGGGAAUUCACACAGCCAGUUUCACUAAAGACAUUGGAGAUGUCUGUAUUUUUGUCUCCUCCAAAGGUCAACCCUUCUGUCUAAAGGCUAGCUUGUAUGGACUAACCUCAAACUGCAUCUAUUACGUUUCUGACCGUGUCUCCGGAAAAGUCAGUAUCCGCGAUAAUGUUAUUGUUGGUAGAUUGGGCCGUUCCUCUGCCCCUUACUUCAUUCCACCCCAAUCUUCUUGAUUAAUUUGGAUUGCACUUGCACUUCCUUUGUAGCAUCACAAUGAUAGAGCAACUCUUGUUAGUUUGAUUGGGGAUUGUUGUUAGCUAAUUAAUUUUAUCUUAAAAAAAAAGAGAUGAGAUAU